CCCCCGCCCCGCUCUGAGCAGACAGCCCCGGGACCACCGCCACCCCCCAGCAGACACCCGCCGGACCCCGCCUCUGAGCAAAAACCGCCCUGGGACGCCCCCACCUUAGCAGACGGCUCUGAGACCACCCCCACCCUGAGCAAACGGCCCCUCCCCCAGAGCCUCUGAUCAGACAGCGCUGGGACGUUUGUCCCCAGUCACUGGUCAGAGAGACCCGCUGUCCCCUCCCAGUCCUGCAAACACCCCCUGUAACCCUUCUUCCCAAAACCUUUAUCAGCAACCCUGGGAUUCCGCUACCUUGGGCAAAGGGCUCCGCCGCCCCCAGGAUCCUGAACAAACAGUCCAUGUGACGCCUUUCUCUUGGCGCUAGACCUCAGGACCUCGAGCAGCAACACCUGUGACAGCCCCGCCCCCAGACCUCGGCCAUUCAGGCCCUGUGUGUGUUCCUUCCUGCCCCCCAUCUCCAGACCCUGGCCGGACUGUCCUGUAACCCCCACCCCAAGCACACUGGAGAGCUCCUGUGACCCUCCCACAAACCCAGUCUGACUAGAGAGUGUCUGUGGCAGCCCGCCAGACCCUGAAGAGAUAGUCCCCAGAUUCCCAGCCCAGAAUUCUAAAACCUCCCGGUGUCCACCUGUUUGGCCUCCCACCGGUCUGGCACACAGACACAUCCACCCAGGCCGGGCAACCUUUGUCUUCUCUCACCCACUCUGCUUAGAGAACUUUGGUUCCCCUUACCUAGCUAGUACCUGGCAAUUGGACCUGAGUGACCUCUCUCACAUCAGUCCAUUUAUUCUCUGUAUGUGCCCUGAUGACUAGACUUCAGCAAAUAUGCUCCUCCUGAUAAUGACCCCCAUUCCCUUAAUCCUUUUCCCAUUAGAACAUUUCCAGUUACUCUUUCCUCUAGGCCUCCCACUGUGAUAUUCCAACCCCCCUACCAUUGACACUAUGCAACACCAGAGUGGUUGCCGAGGCAUCUGGCUCCUGCCCCUGUCCCUGUUCUUGUCUAGCCUUGGGGUCGCGAGAACCGGGCGCUCCCUUCUCAGCUGCCCUACAGCCUGCCUUUGUGCCAGCAACAUCCUCAGCUGCAGCAAGCGAGAGCUGGUCAAUGUUCCACAGUCUCUACCCCGCUACACGGCACAACUGGACCUCAGCCACAACAACUUGACCCACCUUCGGGCACAAUGGACCUCCAUACGCCUGACCCAUCUUCACUCGCUGUUCCUCAGCCAUAACAACUUAUACUUCAUCUCCACGGAGGCCUUCUCCCCAGUGCCCAAGCUGCGCUACCUGGACCUCUCCUCCAAUCAUUUGCGGACCCUGGAUGAGUUCCUUUUCAGUGAACUUCAAGAGCUGGAGGUAUUGUUACUGUACAACAACCGAAUUACGGAGGUGGACCGAAGCGCCUUUGAUGACAUGGUCCACCUACAGAAACUCUAUCUGAGCCAGAACCAGAUUGCUCGCUUUCCUGUAGAACUGGUCAAGGAUAGGUCCAAGCUGCCCCAACUGACCCUCCUGGAUCUGUCUUCUAAUAAACUGAAGAUGUUGCCCACGUCCGAUCUGCAGGAUCUUCCAGCCUGGAUGAAAAAUGGACUGUAUCUGCAUAACAACUCCCUCACCUGUGACUGCGAGAUAUACAAGCUCUUCACACACUGGCAGUAUCGUCAGCUGAGCUCAGUGAUGGACUUUCAGGAGGAUUUGUACUGUAUACAUUCCAAGAAGACGCUCAGUGUCUUCAACAUGAGCAGCACCCUGAACUGCAGUGAGUUCAAGGAGUGUGCGUUUGAAGCCCACCUGGGUGAAACCUUGACCAUUAGCUGUGACACCAAGCAGCAGGGGAUGACGAAGGAAUGGGUAACACCAAACAAUGAAAGAGUACUGACGGAGGUGGGCAACGGCACGGUAUUGAUGUUGGGAGAUGGUAGCCUUCAGUUAAAGCGCAUUCGGGUUGAGGACCAGGGAUUGUAUACCUGCUAUGCGGUAGGGGAGGUGUUCAAUGAAACAUUGUCUGUGGAGGUGAAGGUCCACAACUUCACCCAGCACGGAUCUCAUGACACUCUCAAUACGGCCUACACUACGCUGGUGGGCUGUAUCCUCAGUGUGGUCCUGGUCCUGAUCUAUCUGUACCUCACCCCAUGCCGCUGCUGGUGCCGUGCUGGGGAGAGACCCGCAAGCCAUCAGGGAGAUAGCCUCAGCUCUUCCAUGCUUAGCACUACCCCAAACCAUGAUCCGAUGGCUGGUGGUGGGGGCAAGGACAGUGGCUUUGACCGUCGAGUGGCCUUCCUGGAACCUACAGGACCUGGGCAGGGCCAAAAUGGCAAACUAAAGCCUGGCAACACCCUCCCUGUACCUGAGGGGGCCAAAGGCCAGAGGAAAAUGUCUGAUCCAGAAUCAGUCAGUUCAGUCUUCUCUGAUACACCCAUUGUGGUGUGAGUAGGGUGGGGUUGAUGGGCAGAUCCCCAGGAAAGAGGUAAUGAUAACCUCCAAAGGAUGUAAGGGGAAAGAAGAGGGCUGCCUGAGGGUGCUGGGUUCCCCCGUCCUCAAGGGAAAUGUGCACAGAUGCAACGACAGGCAAGAAGCCCCACCUCCAUCCCUGGGUGUAGAAGAUUUUCAAAUAUGGAUCUGUAACUCUCAGGCAAAUGCUGCACCCCUAUCCAAAGUUCUAGCAAGUUCAGCUGAUGAUGAAGGAACAUGUCUAACUAAGACAGGUGGGUCUAGUGAGAAAUAGAUUCCCUCAGCUUUUACCAUGUCAUCUUUGGCCCCAUAAAAGAGUGGUCAUUAUCCAAACAUUUGAAAGAAAAAUGGGAUUUUUUUUUCAAUGUCUUCUUCCACCCUCUACCCAGGGAUUUGGGGUGGGACUAAAAUGGAAGCAGAUUUGGGCAGUUGGCAUAAUUCUAGUAGUUUCAGGUUCGGGUAUAUCCUCUUUGGUUAGGAACCUACAUCUCAUAGACAGGGGAAUUGAAAACCUUAAGAAAUGGGGUAGGAACCAAGAAAAGACCCCUGAAUCAAGAGCAACCCCCCAAAGCUGUUCUGAAACUUUUCCACCUUCCUUCUCUUUCCCAAGAAGAAUUAAGUAGAUGACUGCAUCACAGAAGCAAAUAACCAGCAUGAUCCCAUGGCAAACUAGGGAGCCAUUGUAACUGGUAUAAGCUUAUAGAAGGCAGCCAUGUAAUGAGUGUGACAUGGGGGAUUAUCCAUUGGUACAAGGUGCUGGUUGGUAUGAACUAGGCUAUUUGGGUCAUAGCUUAGGAGAACACCUCAAAACCUAUUCCUGGUGAGAACACUAGGGAUUCUGACUCCCUGGUCUGUCUCUGCUGUGCAUUUGUGCUCUGGGGUCUCCUAAUUUCAUCUCCUCAGGCAGGGCCUGUGCAGGUGCCUACCACAGGCAUGGUGUGUAAGAUGAUUGGGGUGGAGGUUGGGAGUGGGAGGACAUGAAGGAAACUGCCUUUUAUAAAGAUGAGGCCAAAUUAGCCUCCAUUUUGUAAAACCUUGUUUGGUCUAUCUAGUUUUCUUCUCUUGCUGUCCCUUCAGCAGUUUUUAUCAGCAAGCUUUGGUGAGAGAUGAGCUUUCUCUGUACAGUGCAGUGAGGGGAGGAACCAAAGAGGGCCAGAGAUCCUCAUGAGUGGAUGAGUGUUUGGGUGAAGGGAGAGGGAAUCAUAAUGUGAAGCAUCCUCGAAUUGCCAAGGUUUCCUUCUCAGGUCUAGGUUGACCGGCUCUAAAAAUCCGGGGCAGUGGUCUUAACUCUUAGUUCUCACCUGCUGCAAGGCUAGAGUAAGGAAUUUAACUGUGCACAAGGCUUGCGAGGGAUGGCCUGUCCUAGAAUGGACAGUCUGGGGUAUGUAUGUGCUUAAAGGCCUGUACUUGACCCAACUUGCAAGCAGUCCUACUCUAGGUCAGAUAAGUUGAGUCAAACCUAAACGGGCAGCUGAUGCUGCCACCUUUGCCCUUCUCACUGAAGUCUCCCCACGCCUGAAGUCUGAACAGUGAUUGGACUUCCUGACAGGCCAUGGGUCUGGGGCGGGGGGCGGUGUGUGGCAAAGAGUUCUUCUAAGGUUGGACACUAGCUUGGGGAUCAAGAAGAUGGCUGUGCACUCCAGCUCCUCUCUCAGACCCUCUGUGCUGGUCUUUUCAGCAGCAUUUAAGUGGACCACAGUCUUGGCAAGGUUAUUCUGAGCAUCUGAGGCAAAGGUUGGAGAUGGGGAAGAGUAGAUAUAUUUUUCUCUACAUUUUUCAGUCCGCUUCUUCCCCUAUCAGUGCUGGCCCUGCCGUCUCCCACUUGGCUCUCAGACCAGGGAUGCUCUCUCCGGGCAUUUGAACUGCUUUCUGGGCCUCAGUAGGAGGCAUUCCUAACUUCGCAUCUCCGGGGAGAAUCAUAGGACCAGAGAUUCAGAUAUGAAAGGGACCUUUCCAUCAUUUCACAGUUGGAAACAAGCCUCAAGAGGUUCAGUGGCUUGUAUAGGGUCACACAUACAGGGCAAAGGUCGCCUGUCACUUGGACAAGGUCUAGUUCCAUCCACCUGUUAAGAGUAGGGCAGGGGCACUAGUGCUUGAGAUGCUGCCCCCAUCCAUCCUUGGGCUCUUCACACUGCCUUCCACCUCUUAUCAGCAGUUUAUACAGUAGAGAGAUGCAGCAUUUCCCCCAGUUACUUAGCACUUAUAGGUAUGCAUGCACACCAGCAUUUUGGCAUUGACCUAGACAGUGUGUCUCCUUUGAUAUCCUCCAGUACCCACAGAGUUAUCCCCACAUUCACACAGCUUUAAAAAUAUACCGCAUUCCAGCAGAGGCAUCCUGAUGGUCCUGCAAUACCCUUUCAGUAUAAAACCACUCAGACUUUCCCCUCCUUGAAGUUUCUGGAGCGUCCCCCCUUUUCAGAGAGGCAUCACAGCACGGGGGGGGGUGGUGGAGACCUGAACUUGGAAUUUGAACCAGACGCUAGCUGUACAAUCUUGGGUUUCACCCAACUUCUCUGUCUUUCCUCAUCUGUAAAUUGGGGAUAACACCUACCUCACAGGGUUGUUGUGAGGGUUAAAUAAGAUACUAUAAAGUGCUUUGCAAACCUUAGAGCCCUAAGUAUGAGCUAGUAUUAUUAUUCUAUGAUCACUGCACCCCUGUGACUUUCCUACACUUGCUGGUGUUUGGAAAAUGCUUGGGGGGUGGGGGGGAAGGAAGAGUUGGAAGCCAUAGCUGGGCCCUCAGCUCCUUGGAAAUUUCACUUUGCUCUGAGGAAUCCUUAGGCAGUAGCUGUGAGAUCCCAAAAUGGUAUUCCUCUUGGAAGUUUGUUGGCCAAGGCUCUCUAUGCUGCCUCUUCCUAGUCAGGUGCCGUGAGAAGACUGAGGAUCCCUGUCAUCAGCUAGGGAUAGCAGGAAAGAGUAAAAACUGAAUUUCCUGUGAUUGGUUGUCUUCCAAAGGCCUUAAGGGACAUUUCUUUCCUAAGAACUUGGAAUCUAUUCUCAGAUUUGUCAGGGAACCUGGGCAAGUCUUAACUUCUUGAGGUGGUUUUUUUGUUUGUUUGUUUUGAGGCUGAACUCUGAGGUUCUGAGAACCUCCAGAAAAAUCAUGCAGUGGAUCCUGGGAGCAUUCCCUGGACCUAGGCCUCUGGCUAGUUAACUGGCCAGCAGACUGAACUCCCUGCAAAAAUGAAGAAAGCCCCUGUUUCUCCAGGACUUGUUAACGAAUAGAUGUACUUCUGGCUGGCAGGCCCUACCCUGAUUCCUGUUGAUACACCCCCAAAUGGCUUCCUGCCUAGGAAGUACUUACCAUUAUAGGGGUUUGUUUACUGGUGCCCUAUGAAGAGGACCAUCAGGGCCUUGGAAGCAGGUGUCCCUGCAGACUGAUUAUGACAUGGCUGCACAAUCUGUUUAUGUGUUAUCUUUUUUUCUUGUGUUUCUGGGAUUCUCAGAAAGGAACUGAGAAAGAAGAGCAGGUAGCUCAAAGCAUAUUGAAUCUGACUGUGCGUUUCUGUGCCUCCCCUCCCCCAACAGCCCUCGUACCCUUGCUGGCAAAGCAAACGGGGCCCUUUGUGUCCAGGUUCCCUCUCCUCCUACUUGUGUACAUCCAGGCUGGCAGACCCCGAAGCCUCCUGACUCCACCAUCUGUCUGAGCCUCUGCUCUGAAGAAUAGACAGUGAUCAUUAAACCAGGCAUG